AUGCCCAAGAGGGAGUACAAGAGAAAACCGGAGGAUUAUUGCCAAAUGAAGCCUCUGAGAGAUUGCCUGGCGCUUAACGAAGGAAAAAUAGAAAAGUGCACCAGGGAAGUGGAGAUUUUCGAGAAAACGUGUGACUCGAACAAACCGUAUUUUCACUCAAAAGAGGGCCUAGACGACAGCAAAACAGGUCUCUUUUCGGGAAAACUGCACCUAUAA